AUGGGGUUUUCCUCCUUUCUGGGUCGUGUCCUCUUUGCUUCCCUCUUCAUCCUCUCUGCAUGGCAGAUGUUUAAUGAAUUUGAUGACACUGGUGGACCCGUUGCAAAGGAGUUGAUUCCCAAGCUCACGGCCUUGAGGAGAAAUUUAUCCUCCAAACUGGGGGUUCGGCCAGUCAUUGCCUCUACCAUAUUUCUAAAGGGAGUUGGUGGAAUUCUAUUUGUGCUUGGCAGUACAAUUGGAUCUUAUCUUCUGCUCUUUUAUCUGGGACUUUCUACACCAAUUCUGUAUGAUUUCUACAACUAUAAACCUAAUAACCCUGAAUACAGUUUACUGCUGAGUGAUUUCAUCCAGAGCACAGCACUUUGUGGUGCAUUGCUAUUUUUUAUUGAGAUGAAGUACUUGAUUAACAGGAAGCAAAUCAGGAAGAAGACCCCGAAAGCAAAGACAGUUUAG